AUGUCUUCGCCGAAUGGAGAUCUGAGCGCGUGGCAACAGAAGACAGCGUUCGAGCCACAUAAGUUCGACACUUUUGCUAUGACACAGGAUCGUUUGGCUCUAAUUGUCAUCGGUAUAAUCUUUACACUCAUCGGCACCUUCGCUAUAGCAUGCCGAAUCAUGAUGUUAGUACUCCGGCGAAAGACGAUCGGUAACGACGACUUGGCCAUGUUCCUGGGAUACGCCUUCGCCUUUGCCUUCACCAUCGCUUCAUACGUCUCGAUCCGCUGGGGAGUUGGGCUCGAGCUGGAAGAUGUUCCACCAUUCUGGGCAAGACGAGCAAUACAGGCGGUCUAUGUCGAGGAGAUCUUCUACUAUUGGUCCAUCUUUUGUGUAAAAAUAUCCAUAAUGUUCAUGUACCUGCGACUUGCAAAAGAGCUGCGAAACUAUUUCUACCAUUGUAGUAUUGCGAUGAUGGCUGCGCUCUGCUUGCAAUUCGUAACGACAGUGGUUGUGUUCUCAACACAAUGCAUCCCGAUGAAGAGGUACUGGAGCCCAGAAACGCCUGGAAAGUGCAUCGACAUCACCGCAUUCUUCUACUCGACCAACCUUUUCACCAUCAUCACGGAUGUCAUUAUGCUCGCAUUACCGAUUCCGGUCCUGCUGAAAGUGCCAGGCUCACGACUCCGGAAGGCUGGCAUCAUUGCAGCAUUCUCCUGUGGCGGCUUUUCCACCCUUGCCAGCUGUGCGAGGGUUUACUCGAUCAAGGUCUAUACACAAUCGCCGCAGCCGCUGAGAGAUGCCGCACCGAUAAAUACCUGGUCCUUCAUUGAGAUAUAUGUCGGCAUCUGUUGCGGCUCGAUCGCUGUGCUGAAGCAAUUCGUCAUCGCCUCACGAGAUGGCACUCUCACGACCUCUUCGCCUCGUCGAUCCAGCUUUCACAAGAAUUCGCUAUCGACGAGCGCCACAUCACCGUCUCCAGGCUCCAGCUUUGGCGAAUCGAUAAGAAAGGCCGGCUCGAUAAGAAGGACCGUGAUGCCGAUUGAGGCCGAUGAGAUGUGCUGGUGGGGAGGACCUAACGAUACCAUCGAUACCAUAAUCGAAGCUGGUCCGAGGACAUCCCUGACACUACCACGAAGGCCGCAUGAUCCGUCAAGGCCGCUGAGAGGAUCGGAGACUCCCAGAGACAUCGAUGGAAGACCUAUUCGAAUCAGCUCUCCGCUGCCGCCUUCGCCAGUAUACCAGCCGCCUGACGAUCGACCCUAUCCACCAUACGCCACUCACGGAGACACAGUACUUCCACAAAAGCCCUCACAACCGAUGCUCAAUGCGAUUGUGAGCCGAUAG